UACCACCACACUGGAACAGCAACCAUGGGCUUCAUAAAUGCCAUUGUGACGUCCGUCGCGCCCAUUUUCAUCGCGACGAGUCCCAUCACCAGCUAUGCCGACCAAAUCUAUAAUAUGCAUCGCACCAAGAGCUCAGCUGGCUUCUCGCUCGACAUUCCCCUCAUCAUGCUUGUCGCCAGCAUCCUCAAAAUCUUCUACUGGUUCGGCGCCCACUACGCAACCUCGCUCCUCGUCCAAGCCAUCCUCAUGAUAAUUAUGCACCUCCUCUGCCUCCACAUCGCCCUCACCAACCGCCCGACCCCUUCUCACCUCCCCUUCCAACCCUCAUCCACAACCCGCCCUUACAGCUUCUGGCAAUGGCGCGCUACCCGCCCUUACUGGUCCUUCAUAACCUACUUCGCCGCCGCGCUGUUCGUCAUGCAUAUUGUCCUCCUCAAUACAUCGCUGUUCAUCCCGUAUACCACUGUGCUUGGCUACAUCGCGCUGACCGUCGAAGCUACGCUCCCUAUCCCACAACUCUUAGCGAACUGGCAACGGCGUGGAUGCAGAGGGUUCCGUCCCAGCGUUAUCGCGAAUUGGAUUGUCGGCGACACUUUCAAAAUGUGGUACUUCUUCGCGAGUCCUGCGGGCGAAGUGCCCUGGGCGUUUAAAAUCUGCGGUAUUUUCCAGGCUACUUGCGAUUUAGGACUAGGACUGCAGUGGUUCGUAUGGAGGGACGGGCCGGAUGAUGGUAAUGCUGCUACCGGAGGUGCGGUGAGGGGUGUUGGGCCGUGGGAAGAGAAGGUUUUGACGAGUCCGCCACCUGAGACGAAUUCGUUUGAGAUGGAGCGGUUGAAUGGUGGGGUUGGUAUCGCUGGCGGGAGUGCCGGGAUUGAUGUUGGUGGUGGUGAGGGGUGGGAACGGCAGAGGGCUGGUGGUGGGCUGUGAGUGUGGUCAUGUUUGUGACGAUUGAUGAUAUAGGUUUUGUGGAAGUUGGUGGUACUGGGAGGGAUAAGCUGAGUAUAUAGAAGAAGUCAUGUAAUAUUAUGAAAAUACAUGGAUAAUGUUCCCGAUAUCAAUCAUGGUGUCGGCGCUUUUAUCCUUUUAUCGUAAGCUUGGCUGGGGUCAACCCCAAUAUCGACAGUCAUUUCGCCUUAUGAUAUACGCAGAUACAAUUGUUGGGUAUUUACCCUCGCUCUUUCUUGUCGCCAUGACCGUAUUCCUGAAGUGAUCCUGAAUUGUGCACACAACUCUCCAAUCGUCAGUCCCCGGGUCAUACAUGUGGAGAGCAAUGGAAAAGCAACAGAACGACAUUAUUAAAUGUACUCGUGAUCCUGAGAAGGAACCAAGAAAAGAAAGGAGAAGAUAUGAGAAGAACUCAAAUAUAAUAAGCAUAUUUUUAGCGCACCUAAU